AUGUCUCUGUCCACAGAGGAGUUCGUGGUGAUUGGCUCCUCGGACCCCAUUGUGGCAGUGCUGGGUGGGAGCAUCACGCUGCCAUGUCGUGUGUCCCCGGCCAUGAGUGUGGAGAACAUGGAGCUGCGGUGGUUCCGCUCCAAGUUCUCAGAAGCAGUGUUCAUCUAUCAAAACCAGCAGGAGCAGAGAGAGGAACAGUUGGCCCAGUACACAGGGCGGACCUCACUGGUGAAGGACUUCCUCACCCGGGGGGAGGCUGCUGUGCGCAUCCACGAUGUCCAGGCUUUUGACAAUGGGCUGUAUACCUGUUUUUUCAGAAAGGGAAGCUUCUAUGAAGAGGCUGGUUUGGAACUGAAGGUGGCAGGUGUGGGCUCUGCCCCUCAAGUGCACAUCACAGGGGUCCGAGUUGUGUGCAUGGCCUCAGGGUGGUUCCCAAAGCCCCAGGUGCAGUGGAGAGCUGUCAGUGGAGAGAAGUUCCUGACAUUCUCUGAGACCCAAGCCCAAGAUGCUGAAGGGCUGUUCACCAUGGAGGCCACUCUGGUGGUGAGGCACAGCUCUUCAGGGAAUGUGACCUGCUCAGUCCUCAACCCCAUCCUGGGCCAGGAGAAGGAGGUGGCCAUUUUCAUCCCAGAACCCUUCUUCCCCCGGAGUUCUCCUUGGAAGCUGGCUUUCAUGGUGAUCCUGACUGUGCUGAUGUUCCUACUCCUGGGGGCUGCCUUUUACAUCAUGAGAGAGCAUACUGCAAAGCACCGGGAGAUACAGGAAUGGGAGAAACUGCAGAGGGACAAGGAGGAGGACCAGCUGACAAAGGAGGAGGCACUGAAGGCCAGAGGUAAUGCAGGACAGGGGUCAUGGUAGGCCAGUGUGGCAGCUGGUGUGGAGGACAAGCGGACAGCAGGGCCCUUGGCCUGGAGCAGGUGGCUGAGGAGGACCGAGACGACAGCUGGGGCUGUGGAGGCUCCAGGGGUCUGGAGGUAGAUCUUCUAGGAAAUGGAGAGGUCCUCUCGUGGGCUUUCCAGGUGCA